CCGGGUGUGCAGAGAGCCCGGUGUAUGCUGUGAUACUGCGGUGUUUCUCCUCGGACAACCAUGCUCAAGACUCGACAGUGUUUACUAGGGAUCCGCACUUUCCUUGGAGUAACGUCGAGAAUAUGGGGCUUCAUUUUGUACAUUCUCAGGAAGCACCUACGAACGAUAAUUCAGUACCAAACUGUGCGCUAUGACAUUUUGCCGCUCUCUCCUGUAUCCAGAAACAGACUGAAUGCAGUGAAACGGAAGAUUCUGGUUCUGGAUCUGGAUGAGACUCUUAUCCAUUCCCACCAUGACGGAGUUCUGCGUCCCACAGUGCGACCCGGCACGCCGCCAGACUUCAUCCUUAAGGUGGUCAUAGACAAGCACCCUGUGCGGUUUUUCGUACAUAAAAGACCCCAUGUCGAUUUUUUUUUAGAGGUGGUGAGUCAGUGGUACGAACUGGUCGUGUUUACAGCCAGUAUGGAAAUCUAUGGCUCAGCAGUAGCAGACAAGUUGGACAAUAACAGAGGCAUCCUCAAACGCAGAUAUUAUAGACAGCACUGCACACUGGAUCUGGGCAGUUAUAUUAAAGACCUGUCAGUGGUGCACAGUGACCUGUCCAGUAUAGUCAUCCUGGACAACUCACCAGGAGCAUACCGCAGUCACCCAGAUAAUGCCAUACCUAUAAAGUCGUGGUUCAGUGACCCAAGUGACACAGCACUUCUCAACCUGCUCCCCAUGUUGGAUGCAUUGAGGUUCACGUCAGAUGUGCGGUCCGUCCUUAGUCGAAACCUCCACCAACACCGGCUGUGGUGAUUGGCAGAACUGGGCAGGGGGCAUGUCUUCUGUCUCACCCCUUUGUGCUUUUUUUGGUUUUGUUUUCCUUAAUUUUAUUGGACAUGCCUUGCCCCGCGGGUCGCUAGGCGCCCAGCCUGCGGCUGCUGCAGCUGCACAGUCCUCUUCUCCAUAGGACUUUCUAUGGCCCAAUAGAGUGAGACAGCGAAGAGAGAAAAGGAUGUUGGGAUGCUAUUAUAGAUGAUCUUCUUUUCCCUUUAUGGUUUUUCCAGAAUGGAGACUGCCUUACAGUGUUGGGUUGUGAGAGUGCAUGUCUGUGUUUCUCUGUGGAAACGUUCGGGUUUGCUCUUUCAUUUACUGCUGUAUGAUUUUUAAAAUUUUUUUUUUAAUGG